CCGCUUUGGGUUCGUUAAUUAUCAGAUCACUCGACCGAGAGAGAUACAGAAGAGAGAGAGGCCGAUCAAGAGGGAGAUCAAGUUUUCUUGGUGUUCUCGUUGGAAAGGAAGCUCCAGGGAAGCGUCUAUGGCUUCAUCUCUGCGGAAUCGCGGGUCCCUGAUCCUGUUGGGUCUUCUGCUCGCUGGAUCUUUGAUUGCAUUCUCAGUUGCUAAAGAAGAAGCCUCUAAGUUGGGAACAGUUAUCGGGAUUGAUCUUGGAACCACCUACUCUUGCGUUGGUGUCUACAAGAAUGGUCAUGUUGAGAUCAUAGCCAACGACCAAGGAAACCGCAUUACACCAUCUUGGGUGGCUUUCACUGAUUCUGAGAGAUUGAUUGGUGAGGCUGCAAAGAAUCAGGCAGCCGUGAACCCAGAAAGAACUAUAUUUGAUGUCAAAAGAUUAAUUGGAAGAAAAUUUGAGGAUAAAGAAGUUCAGAGGGACAUGAAACUUGUCCCCUACAAAAUAGUGAACAAAGAUGGUAAACCUUACAUCCAAGUCAAAAUCAAGGAUGGGGAAGUAAAAGUUUUUAGUCCUGAGGAGAUAAGUGCAAUGAUUUUGACUAAGAUGAAGGAGACAGCAGAAGCUUUCCUCGGAAAGAAAAUUAAGGAUGCUGUGAUUACCGUUCCUGCUUAUUUCAAUGACGCUCAAAGACAGGCAACCAAAGAUGCUGGCGUAAUUGCUGGCUUGAAUGUGGCCAGAAUAAUCAACGAGCCAACAGCUGCCGCCAUUGCAUAUGGCCUGGACAAGAAGGGUGGCGAGAAGAACAUUCUUGUUUUUGACCUUGGUGGUGGGACAUUCGAUGUUAGUAUAUUGACAAUCGAUAAUGGAGUUUUUGAAGUUCUGGCAACAAAUGGUGAUACUCAUUUGGGAGGUGAGGACUUCGAUCAGAGAAUAAUGGAAUAUUUCAUUAAAUUGAUCAAGAAGAAGUACGGGAAGGACAUCAGCAAGGAUAAUCGUGCUCUUGGGAAAUUGAGGAGGGAGAGCGAACGUGCCAAGAGAGCUUUGAGUAACCAGCACCAAGUCCGUGUUGAGAUCGAAUCACUUUUUGAUGGCUUGGAUUUCUCUGAGUCCUUAACACGAGCCCGCUUCGAGGAAUUGAACAAUGAUCUAUUCAGGAAGACUAUGGGGCCAGUGAAGAAAGCAAUGGAAGAUGCAGGACUGGAGAAGCAUCAAAUUGAUGAGAUUGUUCUUGUCGGUGGUAGCACUAGGAUUCCCAAGGUGCAACAGCUCCUCAAGGAUUACUUUGAUGGCAAAGAGCCAAACAAGGGGGUUAACCCUGAUGAGGCCGUUGCUUUUGGUGCAGCCGUGCAAGGAAGCAUUCUCAGUGGAGAAGGUGGUGAAGAAACCAAAGACAUUCUUCUUCUGGAUGUUGCUCCACUCACCCUUGGCAUCGAAACUGUUGGAGGAGUGAUGACUAAGUUGAUUCCAAGGAAUACAGUGAUCCCAACCAAGAAGUCUCAAGUUUUUACAACUUACCAAGAUCAACAGACUACUGUCUCCAUCCAGGUUUUUGAGGGCGAGAGAAGCCUCACAAAGGACUGCAGGCUGCUUGGGAAGUUUGAUUUGUCUGGAAUUCCACCGGCACCAAGAGGCACACCCCAGAUUGAAGUCACUUUCGAGGUCGAUGCCAAUGGUAUUCUGAAUGUGAAGGCAGAAGAUAAGGGCACUGGCAAAUCCGAGAAAAUCACCAUCACAAACGAAAAGGGUCGCCUCAGCCAGGAAGAGAUUGAUCGAAUGGUUCGUGAGGCAGAGGAGUUCGCGGAGGAGGACAAGAAGGUGAAGGAGAAGAUUGAUGCCCGAAACCAGUUGGAGACUUACGUGUACAACAUGAAGAACACCAUCAAUGAGAAGGACAAGCUCGCCGACAAGCUUGAGAGCGAAGAGAAGGAGAAGAUAGAGGCAGCCCUGAAGGAUGCACUCGAGUGGCUCGAUGACAACCAAAGCGCCGAGAAAGAGGACUACGAGGAGAAGCUCAAGGAGGUGGAAAGCGUUUGCAACCCCAUCAUUUCUGCAGUGUAUCAGAGAUCCGGCGGUGCGCCAGGAGGUGAUGCCGAGGAUGAUGACGACUCACACGACGAGCUUUAAGCGGUACAAGAAAUAUCAUUUGACGAGAGGAGAUCGAUUUGGAGAUCAAUAAUUCCUUCAUACUUUGUUUUCUUGUAAUAUUAUGGUAGCUCAUAGGUUCUAGUGAUGAGGCUAGGGAGUCUUUGGUUUUUUGCCUUUUAGAAUACUUUUCUGUUCGUUUGUUCAAUGGAAACAGUCCUAAAUUUAGGCCAGCUCAAGAUGCCUUAGGCGAAACUAAAUUUAGGCACAUUAUUUACAAAAAAAUUUAUCAUCCUUUUUCA